AUGAAGAAUAAAUUGAAGGCGAAACGAGGCGGUGAUCAAUGGACGAUAGCUUUUAUGGGAUCCUUCCAAACCGAUCGGAUUACCCCAAAAAUCAUUGGUUCAGAAGAAUCUUCAUUUCCUGUGCCACUUGUACCCGUCGGCUCGUCGUCUUCUGUUGUUCGAGAUCUGGUAGUCUUCUCCUUUCUGUCUUUUUUACUCCCAUCAUCCUCAUCAUCACGACGGCUUCUCUUCUUUCGAUCGUCUUCAUCUCCACGUCGUUCACGUCGCUUUUCCCGUUCACGCUCAUCACGUCGUCUUCUUCGAUCUCCAGAAGUGCUUCGACUUCGAUGUCUUCUCGACGAUAAUCUGUCGGACUCUCGUUCUCCACGUCGUCGAGUAUCUCGGUCUCGUCUCUCAUCUCUAUCACGAUCUCUUCUUGGACUUCUCGACCUCGAUCGCUUUCUUCUGGACCCUCUUCUCUCCUCAUCAUCAUCACUAACAGCCCCAAAUGCACUAGAAGCAAGUAGACUCCGUGGUGGUUGUACCGCUAUCGGACCUGGUGGAGGCAAGUUAGGAUUGAAUCCACCAGGAAGACCCAGACUGAGAUCGAGACCGCCUCCGAAGCUUGGAGGUGGCGCACUUGCAAUUGGAGUAGAUUCGAUGCCAGGAGGGAGAUCUGAUGAAGAAGAUCCAUCGACUCCGGGAGGAGCUUCUGUAAAUAUGGGAUCUAUUUAG